AGCGAACUUGUUUGGGGCUGUAGAGGAGAGAAGUGUAGCUGGCAGUGCGGAGACGGCUUUUUGUUAAUGUUCCUGAUCUUGGGCCGCACGGUUUCUCUGUCAUUCGUACACAGACUCACAAGCUGCUGCCCGUCCACACAAUCGAAGCCCAUUGUGGUCAGUUCCGUGUUAAUAAAAGUGGGAAGAAUAACUAGUGUUUCAGUACAGCGUUUCGGUAGCGCGAGCGGCCAGAAUACAAGAACCAUGCCUGAAAGAAGGCCAUUUGUACGGUUACCUACUGAUGUUUACCCCGUCAACUAUGGGUUAUAUCUGAAACCAGAUCUAAUCGACUUCACUUUCGAGGGCAAGCUGGAGGCACAAGUGGAGGUAACACAAGCUACAAACCAGAUUGUGAUGAACUGCGCUGACAUCGACAUCAUCACAGCUUCUUUUGCACCACAUGGAGGAGAUGAAAUUAAUGCUACUGGAUUCAACUAUCAAAAUGAGGAUGAGAAAGUCACCCUGUCAUUUCCAAGUGCUCUACAGAAAGGCUCUGGCAUGUUGAAGAUUGACUUUGUUGGGGAGCUGAACGACAAAAUGAAAGGAUUCUAUAGAAGUAAAUAUACGUCUCCUGCUGGAGAGGUUCGGUUUGCUGCUGUUACACAGUUCGAGGCCACAGAUGCCCGCAGAGCUUUUCCCUGUUGGGAUGAGCCGGCCAUCAAAGCCACCUUUGACAUCACUCUGAUAGUCCCCAAGGACCGGGUAGCCUUGUCAAAUAUGAAUGUGAUUGAUCGAAAACCCUACCCAGAGGAUGAAAACCUUGUGGAAGUAAAGUUUGCCACCACACCCAUCAUGUCCACAUACCUUGUAGCUUUUGUCAUCGGUGAAUAUGACCACGUGGAGAGCCAGUCAACGGAUGGUGUAACGGUACGCGUCUACACGCCAGUCGGGAAGGCAGAACAAGGGAAAUUUGCACUGGAGGUUGCAACAAAGACUUUACCUUUCUACAAAGAUUACUUCAGUGUUCCUUAUCCAUUGCCUAAAAUUGAUCUCAUAGCUAUUGCUGAUUUUGCUGCUGGUGCCAUGGAAAACUGGGGCCUUGUUACCUACAGGGAGACUGCUCUGCUAAUCGACCCAAAGAACUCCUGCUCAUCAUCCAAGCAGUGGGUGGCUUUAGUGGUUGGACAUGAACUCGCCCACCAGUGGUUCGGAAACCUGGUCACCAUGGAAUGGUGGACCCAUCUGUGGCUUAAUGAGGGGUUUGCAUCCUGGAUCGAGUAUCUGUGCGUAGACCACUGCUUCCCCGAAUAUGACAUCUGGACCCAGUUUGUCUCGGCAGACUACACCCGAGCUCUGGACCUGGAUGCACUGGACAGCAGCCAUCCUAUAGAAGUGAAUGUGGGCCAUCCAUCAGAGGUUGAUGAAAUUUUUGAUGCUAUCUCCUACAGCAAAGGAGCAUCUGUGAUUCGCAUGUUGCACAACUACAUAGGAAAUGAGGACUUCAGGAAAGGAAUGAAUGCCUAUCUUUUAAAAUUCCAACAUAAAAAUGCAUCCACAGAGGAUCUGUGGGACUGUCUGGAACAGGCCAGUGGGAAACCCAUCGCUGCAGUGAUGGGCUCAUGGACAAAGCAAAUGGGCUUCCCAAUAAUAGUAGUGGAUCAGGAACAGCAAGGUGAUGACCGCAUACUGAAGAUUUCUCAGAAGAAGUUCUGUGCCAGUGGACCACAUAAUGGUGAAAAUUGCCCAAGUUGGAUGGUCCCUAUUAGCAUUUGUACUAGCAAGGACCCCAAAUGCACCACGCUCAAAUUUCUGCUGGACAAACCAGAGGACACUAUUACUGUGAGUGGUGUCGGUCCGGACCAGUGGGUCAAGAUUAACCCUGGAACUGUGGGUUUCUAUCGCAUCCAAUACAGCUCAUCCAUGCUGGAGAGUCUGCUGCCGGGAAUCAGAGACCUCAGCCUGCAGCCUGUGGACCGACUCGGUCUGCAGAAUGACCUCUUCUCCCUUUCCCGUGCAGGGAUGAUCAGCACGGUGGAGGUGCUGAAGCUGAUGGAAGCCUUUGUCAAUGAGCCCAACUACACUGUGUGGAGCGACCUGAGCUGCAACCUGGGAGUGCUGUCGUCGCUGCUGUCCCACACAGACUUCCAUGAGGAGAUCCAGGAGUUCAUCCGAGACCUCUUCACCCCCAUUGGCCUUAAGCUUGGCUGGGACAGCAGGGCAGGGGAGGGUCACCUGGAUGCCCUGUUGAGGGGUCUGGUUCUGGGGAAACUGGGCAAAGCAGGACACAAACCCACACUGGAGGAGGCCAGACGGAGAUUCAAGGACCAUGUGGAAGGCAAACAACUCCUGCCUGCAGACCUGAGGAGCCCUGUCUAUCUAACAGUGCUGAAGCAUGGAGACAGUGCCACCUUGGACACAAUGCUGAAGCUCCACAAACAAGCAGACAUGCAGGAGGAGAAGAAUCGUAUUGAGCGGGUGCUCGGUGCCAUAUCUGCUCCUGACCUCAUCCUGAAAGUCCUCAGCUUCGCCCUCUCGGAAGACGUUCGUCCUCAGGACACUGUGUCUGUAAUCGGAGGAGUGGCAGGAAGCAGUAAACAAGGCCGGAAAGCUGCAUGGAAGUUUGUUAAGGACAACUGGGAGGAGCUUUAUAAUCGCUACCAAGGCGGAUUCCUCAUAUCUCGACUCAUCAAGCUAACUGUCGAUGGAUUUGCGAUUGAUAAAAUGGCAGCUGAAGUGAAGAGUUUCUUUGAGAGUCACCCGGCGCCAGCUGCAGAGCGCACGGUGCAGCAGUGCUGUGAGAACAUCCUCCUCAACGCCACCUGGCUGAAGCGCGACGCAGACGAUAUCCACCAGUAUUUCCUGCAUCGCAAAGCCCCCCCCGUCUGAGCCCCCCACCCUGCCACCUCCUCCUCCAGCCCUCCCAGCAUCACAGCUGCCUCAGACCCCCAACAUCUUCACUACAGACAGAGGAGACGAGCGUGAAUCUACAGCGGGCUUAAUUACUCCAAACUGUACAAAUGAAUAAGAGCAAGCCGAGGACAGAAGAGAGUUUAACAGAAGACUUUGACAAGAUUUAAAAGAUAAUUCCAGUUUAGACAAACCAAGAAUGUUUGAUCCCCAUUUUGUCCCCAGCAGAGGAGCCAUCUGUGCUGCUGACCUGGUUCACCCUGCAUCACAUGCCCGCACACAUCCAUUAAUACAUAUGCAUUAACUUUCAUUAAUGUCUAUAGUCUAACCCCGACCACCAACCCUAAGACCAACCUAACCUCUGACCCACAGCGUAGGGAAUACCAGCUUCCUUGUAAAGUCAAACUGAGGACUUUGUUUUGACUUCAUUCAUGUUUGUAACUGUAUUUAUGUCUAACCCAGACAUUUUCACCAAAAUUAACCAUUACUAGUUUAUUCCUCCUAACCUGAACCAUACAUCUAAACCUGACUCAUAGAGCUGCAAAAAAAUGAGGACCAGUAAAGUCCUCACUUUACAUCAAAAACCUCACUUUGAUCAUAACUAUUUUGCAAGUGGUCCUCAGUCUGUAGCAGAAACAAGAACACACACACACCAAAACAAUCUCGUUAUUUUUCUCUUUCGGACACUGUGAUUGGGUGAACACACGGGGUGCCUGUGCAGACUGGGAUUAAUGAUACUAGUGAGGACUGUCGUUUUCAACAGUGAUGGUGAAAACGGUUAGGACGACACGAGCAGCACAAGCAUGGUACUAUAUUCUAAACUCUUAACUGCAAACAUAUUUUUACUGAUUCUACAAAACAAAACCUGAUAAUAAAGUAUUUCCAUCCUCCCUUCACCCACCUAAAGCCCAUCUGAGCUCCGUUUGAACCAUGACGUAUUUAAUCUGUUCAGGAGGCUUUUAUCACUUCAGAUGCUCUGAGUGUUUUAAGUGUUGAAGGAAUGUUUUGUUGAGAGAGGAGCUGACGACACGGCUCACUUCAGAAUGAGAAGCACCAGAAAGUCCACUUCAAGCUGUGGCUCGGCCCGGACUCUCAGGAUGGGACACAUGUCGAAUUCGGAGGCCUUAAAGUGGUCGAUUGGUUUGUAAAAAAAAUAAUCAACACUGAUUUGGAGAUAAUUUUGAGAAUCGUAUCGAACGUGACAAAAUAUGCAGACCUGGACGAGUUUAUUAAUUUGAAAUAUAAAAAAAUUUGUCCUGGUUUUUAGAAACAUAAUUCUUUUUUUUCUCCAAAGUUGCAUUAAAAAAACUACAGAAAAAGUAUUUUCAGAAGAAAUGAUGUGAAAUACGUACAUGCUUGAAGCUUAGCAGAAGAAUAAACAAUCAUCUAGACAAACCUGUAAUUCAUAUGAGAUUGUCAUGCUCGUGUGCACAAAGUGAAACUGGACUAAAAAUGAUUCUAGCAACACCUCAGCUAAAGAAGUAACAUGAUUGACGUGAUCGCAGAGGGAAGGUCCAAUAAAGGCUUGAUUUCAUGAAGAGGCUGUAGGAAAAGAUGUGGCAGCUUGUUCAGAGAUGGUUUUGUGUGUUUUUUGUCUCAACCAUGUGGGGUGUGUGUGGAUUUAAAAAGGCAGAAGCUGUCAUCUUGAACAGCGUUGACGAGUGUUGCUAAGGCAAUUGUAAAUACAAUCUAAUAAAGUAACGCUUGAUGAUAAUGGCGUGUUUCCCCACCGGCCAUUUCUCAGGUGUUUAAAGUCUUCCCA